AACAUUACUGGGCGCUCCCGAUCAAUACAGGUGAACAACCAGACAAGCCCUUUCCAAGAUCUGAAGAAAAGUGCCAGUGAUGUGUCUGAGCAGUUCCGUAACAACUGGAAGACCAAAGCUGCAUGCAGCUUAUUUUCAAGAAAAAAUGGCGUCUCCAGCACUAGCAAGCCGAAGCCCCGGGCACCCUUUGUCCUCGCCAAUAAGUCACAGCUCGUUGGUAUGGACGGGCCAAGGGAUAUGCUCAUCAAGCACCUGGUAGGAGGAGAGGAGAGCGCACAGAUCAAAAUGGCAUCCAUUGUUGGAAUGGCCGGCAUGGGGAAAACAACCCUUGCCCGCCUUGUGUAUGACGCGAUUGGAAACAAGUUCCAGGCCCGGGCUUUUGUGUCAGUCAAUCCAGGAGGUAACAUAAAGGACGUUCUCACAAGUAUUCUCCAACAAAUAGGAGCUGUACUGCCCUCUCGCGCAAGUACAGAGAAGUGCCUCAUCAACACCAUAUCAGAGUUCCUCAAGGAGAAAAGGUGAGCAAAAUUUAUAGCUUGAAGUUGAACUUCCUUUUACGUGUACGUGUUGUGUGCAUUUUAAUUUUUGUGUUACAAAACAACACUGAGAGAUAUAUGCAAGUGUUUUGCUGUUGCUCCUCCAAAAUCUAACUAAACCUCUUGUUUUCCUCAUAUUGCUGAAUAAUUUUAACACCAAAAAAAGGUAAAUGUAAGACUAUUUAUGUGUGGGUUCUAUAAUGUUCAAGUUGAAGUUGAACUACCUUUUACGUGUACGUGCUGUGUGCAUUUUAAUUUCUGUGUAAGAAAACAACACUAAGAGAUGUGCAAUUGUUUUUUCUUGCUUCUCCAAAAUUUUACUAAACCUCAUGUUGAUCCUCAUAUUGUUGAAUAAGUUUCCACUGAAAAAGUAAAUGUAAGACUAUUUAUGGAGUUCUAGAGUGUUCAACUUAAAAUUUGAACUUAACUAUUCCCUUGCCAAUUAGUAAAUUUCUUGAACUUAUAACUAAAUUAUAUGGUUUUCCGCUUGAGCCACCACAACUGACGCAAAACUGAGGAGGACUCCAGUGAGAAUUUGCUCAGAAUCAUAUAGUAAAGAUUGAACAACGGUUAGAGAUGUGAUUAAGAACAUAUACCUUCACUGGAAGAAUCUGGCCUGCAGGUGUGCUCUCCCGAUUUCCCAAGUAGGUCGGAUUUGCCACUGAUCAGAGCAAAACCGUCCCCAUCAUCUUGCUAGUUUUUUUUAUGCUAGUUUAUCCAGCAGAUCACCUUUCCAUCACCUCCACGGUCUCACAUCUAGCCUCUUUCCGU